GGCGCGGGGGGUGGGGCGCAGAGUCCUGCCUCCUACGGCACGGCGGAGGUGGCAAGAUGGCCGCGGCCGAGGAGGAUGGUGGUGUUGGGGCUGAAGCCGACCGGGAAUUGGAAGAGCUUCUGGAAAGUGCUCUUGAUGAUUUUGAUAAGGCCAAACCCUCUCCAGCACCCCCUCCUACCGCCACAGCCCCUGAUGCUUCGGGGUCCCAGAAGAGAUCGCCGGGAGACACUGCCAAAGAUGCCCUCUUCGCCUCCCAAGAGAAGUUUUUCCAGGAACUGUUUGACAGCGAGCUGGCUUCCCAAGCCACUGCAGAGUUCGAGAAAGCAAUGAAGGAGUUGGCUGAGGAAGAGCCGCACCUGGUAGAGCAGUUCCAAAAGCUCUCAGAGGCUGCUGGGAGAGUAGGCAGUGAUGCGACUUCCCAACAAGAAUUCACUUCUUGCCUAAAGGAGACAUUAAGUGGACUAGCCAAGAAUGCCACUGACCUUCAGAACUCUGGCAUGUCAGAAGAGGAGCUGACCAAGGCCAUGGAAGGGCUGGGCAUGGACGAAGGAGAUGGGGAAGGGACCAUCCUCCCCAUCAUGCAGAGUAUCAUGCAGAACCUCCUGUCCAAGGAUGUGCUGUACCCGUCACUGAAGGAGAUCACAGAAAAGUAUCCAGAAUGGUUGCAGACUCACCGAGAAUCUCUACCUCCAGAGCAGUUUGAAAAAUAUCAGGAACAACACAGUGUCAUGGGCAAAAUAUGUGAGCAGUUUGAGGCAGAAACCCCCACAGAUAGUGAGGCCACUCAAAAGGCUCGUUUUGAGGUGGUGCUGGAUCUCAUGCAGCAGCUACAGGAUUUGGGCCAUCCUCCAAAAGAGCUUGCUGGGGAGAUGGAGGAGUUAUCUGAGUCCCUUCAUCUCUUCUCCAGCCUCCUGGCCUCAACUUUGACCUGGAUGCCCUCAAUCUCUCGGGCCCACCAGGUGCCAAUGGCGAACAGUGUCUGAUCAUGUGAAACACAACAUGCUUUCUUCCCUGAUUCCCAGCCGUGGGGGAACGUCUGGAGUCAGCAGAACCACUGGGAGCUGAGGCAGGAGUGUCGUCUACAGGAGUGGUCUGCCCACUGCCAUCUGUCAUCCCACCCAAGAUUGUGCCAUACCAGCGGAGGCUUUUUCUCUGUCUUUCUAGGAAUAAGGCCUGUUCUGCAGAUCAUUUCUGUGAACCCUUUCCAUUGUGGUUUCUGCUGCUAGCAAAGGCCCAGCUACCUACCAGGUGAAGGAAGGUGUCCCUUUUGGGGCAUGCACCUUCUUUCCUCUCCCAAAAUAAUGUUAUACAGGGCCACACUGAGUUACUUUUGUACCCAGGGUCUUCGUGCCUUGUGUCUACUCCCUGUCUUGGACCUGGGGAGCAGGGACAGAGUCCUAGGACUCUAGAUUUCUAUAGUUCUCUUGGGCAGCACCUGUGGGAAUGAAUGGGGAGAAACUUAGCCUAGGCUGGGGGUUUAGGUCUGUCACCACACCCUCUUGCCUUCAGACUGUCCUGAAUUCUCUGAAGGGAAACUAAGUGGGGGGGCUUUUGCAUAAAAAUGCUACUCUUUCACAGUAGGUUGAAAGAGAAGCCCUGGGAUUCUCCUCUCUCCAGGUACAGAGUCCUCAAUUGCCUGUUCCAGCCUGAGAACUCAAGUAGCUGCCCUGUUCUUUCUAUAAUGCUAUGUGAUCUGGGUGAACUCAGCCCUUGACCUUCCUUUACCCGCUGCCUCUCCUCUCAUCUCUCUAUUUUAAAUACCUCUUUAUUCCAACCCUUCUCUGAGCCCAAACUGUGACAAAGAAGGGCCCAUCCUGUUUCCCCUCAUCUAGUCCAUCCACCACCCUCACUGGCCCCCCUAUCUCCCUGGCAAAUGUAUAUAAUUAUAGUGUCAGGUCUAGGAAAUGAAUUACUGUUCUUCCCCAGAUACAUUUUGGCUUAUUUGAGACAUCUGAUUCCUUUGAAUCCUGUUCAUUGAUUCAGGGAGGUAGCUUGGGAAAGGGGGGGUGGGAUGCAGCCUGGGUCCUUUUUCCUGACUAAUAAAUAUUCUGAGUGAGGGAUUGA